AUGCCAUCACAAGUCACUCCUGCCAUAUACAAUGAAGAUCUAGUGGGACUCACUGAUGAGGUGAAAACUAUCACUCAUAGACUUACGAGAGGAUCAAAGCAGUUGGAUGUUGUUCCCAUCGUGGGUAUGCCUGGGCUUGGUAAGACAACAUUAGCCAAUAAAAUUUAUAGUUCUCCUUCAGUAAUCUCACACUUCUAUGUUUGUGCCUGUUGUUGUGUUUCUCAAACAUAUAGCAAGAACAACUUGUUAGUUCAGAUCUUGUGUAGUAUCGAUUCUAGGAGUCCCAACCAAUAUCUUGGGAUGGAUGAAGAUGAUUUGAUUGAAAAGCUAGAAAAAGUUUUGCUAAGAAAUAAGUAUCUCCUAGUUUUGGACGACUUGUGGGAUGUUAAGGCCUGGAACUUGUUGGAAAGAUCGUUGCCAGAUGAUGCCAAUGGAAGCAGGAUUCUCUUCAUUAGCAGAUAUCAGAAUUUGUCUUUGCAAUUCAUGCCCAAUAGCAGGCCUUUCCAUCUCCACCAACUUACUGACGAGGAGAGUUGGAAGUUGCUACAGAAUAAGCUAUUUGGUAAGGAAGGUUGUCCACCAGCACUGAGUGGAGUUGGAUCUCAAAUAGCAAAAAUUUGUAGGGGCUUACCCCUAGCAAUUGUCAUUGUUGCUGGAAUUCUUUCUACUACUGCACAAGAUUGCUGGAAAUAA